UCAUUUUUUGUCAACAGACUAGCGUCAAGUGAACGCCCCCAAUUUAACGCAAAUUAACGCCAAUUUACCGUCAAUAAAUCCAAUUCGCGACCGAAGACACGGUACCCCUCGCGGUGGGCAGCCGAUCAGUGUGGAAAUCCGACGGCGAAUGGCGAGGCGAGAGGAAACAGAUGUGAAAACACGGUGUUUGUAAACAGACAGUAACCAGUGGGUUUGUUGAUGAGAAUGUCGUGAGGUGAUUUUGUGUUAAUUAGGAUGGCAUCGUCGAUACAUGCCGACGACACUAUUUCGCAAUUGUCCGAAAAUAGCACGAUCAUCGAUGGCAGCGUCAUAUCAACUGUGCCCGACCGGCACGGCUUCCUCGGCGGCACCCAAUACUCCCCGGAGCCCCGUCACAGCGGGCCGCCGCCCGAAACGGUGCUGCGUCGCGAACGCAAGUGGCUCAAGAUGUUGUCGAAGUGGACGUUCUACAUGACGACCAACUACAAGAAGGUGAAGGAGCGGUGCCGCAAGGGCAUACCGAUGUCGGUGCGGCCGCGUGCCUGGCUCUACCUGUGCGGCGGCAAACUGCUGAUGGACAAGAACCCCAACGUGUACCAGGACCGUUUACGAGAAACGGGCGACCCGAAAUGUCUGGACGAGAUCAAGAAGGACAUUCACAGGCAGUUUCCGAUGCACGAGAUGUUCAAUUCGGAAGAUAAGCCCGGGCAGAAGGAGCUUUUUAAUAUAUUAAAGGCGUACGCGUCGUACAACGACAAAGUGGGCUAUUGCCAGGCACAAGCUCCUGUGGCAGCUUUCCUCCUAAUGCACAUGCCUUCAGAACAGGCCUUCUGGUGCUUAGUUUCCAUAUCCGAUAAGUAUUUGAAAGACUAUUACUCCCCCGACAUGGAAGUAGUGCAGCGGGACGGAAUGAUUCUUCAAGGCUUGUUGAAGAAAGUAUGUCCGGCCGUCUAUAAGCACUUAAAAAAAGUGAACGCCGAGCCCAUGUUCUACUGCACGGAGUGGUUCCUGUGCGCGUUCACCCGCACUCUGCCCUGGGACACGCUGCUACGAUUGUGGGACGUGUUUCUGUGCGAGGGGGUGAAGGUAUUGUUUAAGACGGCUCUCGUCAUCCUCAUCGGGUGUCUGGGGUCGUCGAGCAGCAGGAAACAGUGUCCGGGACUGUGCGAGACUCUGGCCCGGCUACGUAACCCGCCCGAAGAUGUUUUGGCCGAAGAGAAUCUUAUUUACGCUGUCAACAGGCUGGAACUGACUGAAAGAGACUUCGAAUUCGAGCACCUGAAGCAGACGAAGCGGCUGAAGCAGGAGAAGUUAAACGGCAGCGAGGAACGGUGAAUGCUGUGACUUAAAAGACAGUUUUUUGUUACUGACGUGUCGAAUACGAAUGAUUGAUUGAUGGAGAAAGAGUAUUUUUGUACAUUUUCUACUAGUUUUUCUUUUUGUAGGGAAAUUUAAGCUUUAAGUAUUUGACGGCUGCACACACAAGUUUAUGAUUAAUAUUACUUUAUUAUUUAUUAGAUACUAACGCUUUUCUGUAUAUCGAGAUUGUCACGAGAUUCUUUAUUAUUUUGUUUUUGAGGUGUUUCUGAUGUUUCAGUUCUGAGAUGUUUAUCUAGUUGUUGUAUAAAAUGCAUUUAUUUAGAUGUUAACUAAGUUAUUAUUGAAUAUAAAUCACUGAUUAAUAAAUU